AUGUUUGUGUAUGGCUCACCUCACGUUGCUAAUCGUUUAGAGGUUUGGCAUUUAAUUAGUAGUCUCUUGGAGAUUUAUCCGAAUAUUGUGAUUAUUGGAGAUUUUAAUCAGGUGGAGUUUUAUUCGGAUAAGUUGGUAGGUAAUUUUGCUAUACCGGGCCAAUUAGACUUUAUUAAUUGGCGUAUGGGGUUAAACCUUGUGGAUGUUCCCUUUUCAGGACCAAAGUAUACUUGGACGAAUAAUAGACUGGAUUCGGAUCCUAUUUUUGAGCGUCUAGAUAAAGCUUAUGGGUCUUCCACUUGGUUUGCAAAUUACCCAGAUACUCACUUAGUUCACCAACCCAUUUUAUUCUCGGAUCAUGCGGCUAUAAUUUUGUCAGAUUCGAUUGAUCCUGACCACUUUAAACAGCCGUAUAGAGUAGAGAACUGGUGUUUAUCUGCAGUAGAAGUGCAGGGUAUCAUUACUUCUGUUUUCUCCUUGUUCUUUCCUGGAUCCCCUAUGUUUUCUCUGUCUCGUAAACUCUCUGUUUCUCGAGACCAUCGAUGUUUGUUCAUUACAGUUAGAAAUGAGAAGGUUGCUGAGGCUCAAGCAGCCUACUUAUUUUGGCAACAACGUGCUAAGCUUAAAUGGGAUGCUUUAGGAGAUUCACAUUCCCGCUUGUUUUUUUCCGUGGUUCAAUCUCGAAAGCGGAAGAACAGGAUUUCGGGUCUUAGGGAUUCUUCAGGGGUUUGGCAGCGCGAUGGAGCACAGGUCGCAGCGAUGAUUCAGGAAUUUUAUAAAGAUCUUUAUUCUGUUACAGUUCAGCCUUCUGACCAUGAUCAUGAAUGGUGGGAUAGUUUGCAGUUGCCCUCUUUGUCUUCUGAUCAUCAGAAUAUCCUAAUGCGGCCUUUCACUCCAGAAGAAAUUCGGGUUGCUAUUUUUAGUAUUGAUGAUUCCAAGUCUCCCGGUCCAGAUGGCUUCUCAUCUGCUUUUUUCAAAAAGUCGUGGGAUACGGUGGGAAAUUCGGUGGUUGCUGAUGUUCAACACUUCUUUGCUCAUGGUUAUUUGUUGAAACACUGGAAUCGGACUUUUUUGGUUCUUCUUCCAAAGGUGGAUAAUCCGGAAGGAAUUUCUCAAUAUCGCCCGAUUGGUCGUCUCCGCCAGAUUCUUCCAAGCCUGGUGGCUGAUGGUCAGAAUGCUUUUGUUCCUGGUCGUCUUCUUUCAGAUAAUGCUCUUAUUGCUCAUGAGGUUAUGACCUACAUUAACAAGACUAAGGCACGAAAGAAGUUUUUUGUAGCCAUCAAAUUGGACAUGAAUAAAGCUUAUGACAGGGUGAAUUGGGAUUUUCUUUUUCGUUUGCUUCAGGCUUACGACUUUCCUCCUUAUUGGAUUCAUAUUAUUCGUCAGUGUGUGUCUACGGUUUCUUAUCAAGUCUUGGUUAUUAAUCUUCAGAAAUCUUAUGUGAAAUUUAGCCCUAAUACUCCGAUGGAUUAUCGCGACUUUCUUGCUCAUAGCCUGAGGCUUCAUUGUAAGCCUGCCUUGGGGUCUUAUUUAGAGUUGCCUGUGGAUUUAGGUCGGAGCAAAAUUUCCGAUUUUGGUUUUUUAGUUGACAAAGUGGUUCAAAGGCUCUUGAGUUUUGCGUCCCUGGGCUUGUCUUCGGCUGCAAAGUUGGUUAUAAUUAACUCGAUUAUGGUUGCUUCCUUCAAUCAUGUUCUUUCGGUUUUCAAGGGUCAAGCAGUUUUAUCUAAGGGUAUCGCCUGGAAGGUUGGCUCCGGUUCUCAUGUCCGUAUUAUUGAGGACUCCUGGGUUCCUGGGGAACCUCUUUUUUUCGGAAUGAUGGAUUGGAUUUCCAGGGGGCUUGCGGUUCAGGAUUUUAAGGCUUUUAGGCAAAUUUCUACUACUGGUACUUAUUCUAAUCAAAGGCCUUCUUGGUUGCCUUUGUGUCUUCAAGGUUCCUCGGAUGCUAUUUAUGAGAUUUGUUUGGUUGUUGAUGGAGCGUAUGAUGCUCAUGAUAAUUCCGCGGGAGCAGGUUGGGUUUUUCGUGCUGCGGGUUCUGAUACUGUUAUAGGGGGUGGGACAAGAGCUUUCCUUUCCUCCUCUGCUCUCCACUCAGAGGUUCAGGCUCUUCACUAG